AUGUCGUGCCAGCAGAGCCAGCAACAGUGCCAGCCCCCUCCCAAAUGCAAGACCCCAAAGUGCCCUCCUUCUUCUUCUUGCUGUAGCCUGGGUUCUGGGGGCUGCUGUGGCUCCAGCUCUGGGGGCUGCUGCAGCUCUGGGGGUGGCGGCUGCUGCCUGAGCCACCACAAGCCCCGAUUCUCUCUCCGUCGCCGACGUCACAGCUCUGGAUGCUGUAGCAGUGGUGGCAGCAGCUGCUGUGGCAGCAGCGGUGGCAGCAGCGGUGGCAGCAGUUGCUGUGGCAACAGCGGUGGCAGCAGCGGUGGCAGCAGUUGCUGUGGCAGCAGCGGUGGCAGCAGCGGUGGCAGCAGUUGCUGUGGCAGCAGCGGUGGCAGCAGUUGCUGUGGCAGCAGCGGUGGCAGCAGCGGUGGCAGCAGUUGCUGUGGUAGCAGUGGUGGUAGCAGUGGUGGCAGCAGUAGUGGCUGCUGUGGCAGCAGCAGUGGCAGCAGCAGCCAUCAGCAGUCUGGAGGCUCUAGCUGCUGCUCUGGAGGUUGCUGCUGACCUGGAGACGAAGAACAUGGAAAGUAGCAUUGGCUGAAGACCUGCCAGCAGAGGGUCCCCCUCUUCUCUGGGUUUCCUGCAGAAAUAUUUCUAGAACUCUAUGUAUGCCCUUCUUCAUCUCGCUAAAGCUCAUCUACCGUGAGGUACUGAGAUCUCAGCUCUGAGAUUCAUUGGCUUUGUUUUUUUCUGACACAACUUACUGUAUGAAAAGAGCUUCAGCUUUGAAGCUUGUUUCUGGGCAAUAAUAAAGCUUUUGAUUCCUGA